CCGGAGCACGGGAGCGCGCAGAGGAGCACGAGAGCGCGGAGAGGAGCGCAGCGCCACACGGAGCGACAGAAGAUGGACGGAGUGGGAUCGUUCGGAGCGGGCCGGACCGGGUCCACUGUCGACCCGAUUGCCUUCGCCAAACAGCCGCAGACCAUCCUGAGAGUCCUGUCCUGGAUUUUUUCCCUGGUGGUCUUUGCCUCCAUUGUGAAUGAGGGUUACGUCAACUUGGGCAGCGAGCGUUUAUACUGCAUCUUCAACAAGAACACAGAUGCAUGCAACUACGGUGUGUUCGUGGGCCUGGUGGGCCUGCUGGCUUGCUCCUUCUUUUUUGUGCUCGACUACAAGUUCUCCUCCAUCAGCUCAGUCAAAGACAGGAAGAAGGCCGUCCUGCUCGAGAUCAGCUUCUCAGGUUUCUGGACCUUUCUGUACUUUGUAAGCUUUUGCUUCCUGGCCAGUCAGUGGUCUCGGACCAGUGUUGAAGUGCUGCCGCUUAACCAGGGGGCGGAUGCAGCAAGGGCUGCAAUAGCUUUCUCCUUCUUCUCCAUAAUUACUUGGGCUGGUCUGACCGUGCGUGCAGUCCAGAAGUACCUGCUUGGUACAGAUAUGACCCUCUUCACAACAGAGCACUUGGAUGGCGGCGCACCAACUCAGCCGUACCCCUCUAAUUCACCAGGAGGUGUCACCACUGAGACCACAGACACCUACCAGAGUCCCCCUUUUACUGAGAACAACGCAGCGCCCACAUAUCAGGUCCCUAUUUACUAAAGCGUGAGAUCAUAGGGUAGAAGAGGAACGGUGAAGGAAAUUGCUCUAUGUGGUGUUACGUGUACACUUGUUUAUGUCAGUCUCUGGGUUUUGGCCUCCGCUUCUCCGUUUUAUCAGGUUUGUGUCCCCCACAUUCCACCUUUAUUUGUUCUCAUUCCACAUCUCGAUGUCAAAUUUACAUUUGAUAAUAGAAUAAAAUCAGUAUCCUCAGACAAGACUACAAUGGAGAAAUUUAAAUGAGGUGGAAAUGGAGCAGAGGAGGCCACUUUGAUGUAUACAAACAUCACCGUUUUAACAAAAAAGAAGAAGAAGAAGAAGAAGAAGAAGAAAAGGUGAUCAAGAAUCAAUCAUUUAACCACAAAGCAAGAUUAGUGGAGUAAAAAUAAGGCACAAGCCACUUAUUCAGCACUUUUUUAAUUUUUAAAAUCCACUGUCUUAAAAUUCUUUUUCGCCAAAAACUAUACAAAGUGUUUAAGUUUUGUUGUUUUGUUUUUUUUUAGCUGCAGUUAAAGGUAAUAUUAUGUAAAUAAUCUGCAUGUUUCCAAAUGUAGAGAUCAACAAAGUGCCAUACUGUACUGUGUGUGUCAGGCAGUGAGUUCAUUUAGCAGAUGUCCACAUGAUGUGGAAAAGCUCGUUCUUUUAUAGUCUAGUUAAUGACCGAUCAGAACAAUUUUAGGCCAUGUCUCAAAUUACACAUUAAACAUGAGAAAUAUUAUUAUU